AUGGGCAAGCUGGAGGGGGCACCAAAGAGGGGGCACAAAUUAGUGAGGUUGAAGCUCCAAGGGUCGACGCUAAGGGUGCCUAUGGUGUUGGGCGCUGCUAGAGAGGUGCCUAUGGUGCUAGGCGCUGUUGGAGAGACGUCUAUGGUGUUGGGGGCUGCUUUAGAGGCGCUUAUGGUGCUGUUUGAAGUAGGACUGGGACUCCGACGCAUUGGGCAAGGAUUGGUGAGCGCUAAUAUGGCCCUAGGAGACACUAGGCUCGGUCAGGUAAAUGCGCAGAUGGUGCCGAGGGCCACUAGGCACAAUCAAGCGGUGUUGUGUACAAUUGGGUCAUAUUGUUGGGUGAGUCAAGUGAGGUGGAAGUACACAACAGAUGGAUCUUAG